AUGGCCUCAGGGAGAGCGCGACCAACGCAAACGGGAGGAAACUUAACCAGCCGAGCCCCCACUCCCACCAAUAGAACCAGAGCUUCUCAUCGAAACACGGUAUCCCUUUUAAUACCGAAAGAUGAAAUCUUGCAUCAAGAAUACGAUGUAAAAGAUAAAGAAAGCAGUAUCAUAUUCCUAGAGAAGUCCCCAUUUUGCCAAUCCGGCGAACCCAUAUCAAACGAGAGUCUAAUUCUUACCAUUCUGCACAUCACUCAAUAUACAGGUAUACCACGCAUCGUGAUCGAAGGACUACGAGCGGUAGCAAUCUUACUAGAAGAUGUUCUUCUCAGCGGAGCACCAACAGAAUCACCCACCCAUCAAAUCAGCGAAUCGUUCUCAACCUUAAUAUCGACUCAAAUCAUCGCAGACCUCACAACAUCCUUGUCAACCCACGUCAUCGCAGCUAUCUCACCUCAAAUUGCCACGAUCCUCACUGCCUCAGAGUCUCUCAAAUCAAACAUCGACGAUUUAGCGAAACUCAACAACGCCCUUGAAGUAAACUCAAAACAUGCCAAUGAAAACCCAUCGGCAAUGGCAGCAGCCACUCGUGCCGAACAGACAGCCGACGCGGUUAUGAACAGUAUAACCGAUGUUAAAAAAGCAAUAGAAUCACUGACCCCGUCUAUCAGCGCCACGCAAUCAAGCAUCAAACAGAUUUCCCAGGAUCUCAUCAGCAACGCGGACCGGACAUCCAGCCCUCAAGCAGAACUCCCGAAAACAUACAGCGCAAUAGUUCAACAAAGCACUCAGACCCCAGGAACAGUCUCAGCAGCAAUCGCUAGAGCAGCAACGAGGGACAAAACAAAUCCUAUUCGACCCGACCCCAGGCAAAAAAUAGCAUCCGAAAUUAAGAAGGCCAUCACAGCAACCGAAACAGAAGACACACCAGACAUCCAGAUCAAAGCCACGACUCGUCUACGCAACGGAGGACUCAUCAUCGAACUAACCACCACGGAGGCAGCAAAAUGGAUCAGAAACCCGGUCAACAGACUCAGAAUUAUCGAUGCCAUUGGUAUACCAGCGACCAUCAAAGAAAGACGCUUCUCAGUUAUAGUACCCUUUCUACCCAUCACCGCCACCUGGACGAACCAGACUGGCUACGCACAAUCGAAGUGGAAAUAG